AUGCCUGGAAUCGAGAGGUGCAUGCCUAGCCAGCAGGCUGUGUUCUGCCAUAUUGAGAAACUGAAUCCCGAGACAGGCCUGAAAUUCUUGCCAGUAUCCAAAGUGAUAACGGCAGUGCUUCAUCCACUACUGACCGAAUAUUUCUUCGACAAGCUGGCGCUUUUUGAUUAUCCAGAUACCUUUGGCUCGAAUGAACGUCCUAUGCCUAAACCCAUCACAACAGCUAACAAGCCGAAACGCAAUGAGCAGACUCCUGGAGUAAUGAACAGAAAGCUCAAGCUCGCCAGCGGUGCAAAUCUUACUCGAUGUGAAAGCAAGAGGCACCCAGAGCCAUGGGCAAAGCCCGCGGAAAAUGAGCUAAGUACAACUUCGUUCACCUGGAGACCCAUCUCCAAUGCCAGAGUGCAACCCCUAUGCUCAUGCUGUACACGGCACGAUCUCGAAAAUGCCUCAGCGUUGAAGAUCGAGUAUGUCGGUGGGGUAGUGGAUAUAUCAUUAGUUAUGCUGACAAUGACUUGCGUCAGCAUGCCUACAUAUUGCUGGGAGAAUGCGAUAGGUUUUCAUCUGCGGCGAUAA